AUGGUAAAUUUCCUUUUCCCAAUUGUUUUGCUUAUACUUGUCAGGGUUGGGAAAUCCUUUGAAAAUGAUGUCUCUAUAAAUUUGGCUUCAUUUAUCACUCCUGUACGUAGAGGUUCCAUUGAUAUACUUGCCCGAGGAACUGCAAUUCAAAAUGUAACAGAAGGCAUUGAAAUUACUAUAAACAACAUUGAUUACAAUUAUGAAAAUAAUGGUGAAAAGGACAACAAGAAAGGCUUUGAUGGAAAUCCUUUUAUGGCUUCACCAGUUGCUAUACUUUCCAACACGAAUGUUUGUGCACUGACAAAUGAUAACGAUGAAAUACUAGAAUGGCUCGAGUCGAAUAAAGAAAAACUUGUUUCAUUU